AAAAGACAAAAGGAAAUUGAAAGAGUCGAUGAAGCGUGUUUUGAGCAAAUCGUUAAGUACUUUGGCCGCCGGCGGAGUGAAUCUUAAACCACCACCGCCAGAUUCGGGCGUUAUAGCUAACCAAAUCCUCUCUUCUCCCACAACAAUUGAUCAAUCUCUAGUCUCCAUCAAAACAACCCCGUGGACUCCAAAUCUCGUCAACUCUGUUCUCAAGCGCCUCUGGAACCACGGUCCUAAAGCUCUCCAAUUCUUCCACUUCCUCGACACUCACCACCGCUCUUACGUCCACCAUGCUUCCUCCUUCGACCUCGCCAUCGACAUCGCCGCCCGUCUUCACCUCCACCCCACCGUGUGGUCUCUCCUUCACCGUAUGCGCUCUCUCCGCAUCGGUCCUUCUCCUAAAACCUUCGCUAUCGUCGCCGAGAGGUUCGCUUCCUCUGGGAAACCUGAUAAAGCGGUGAAGCUCUUUCUGAAUAUGCACGAGCACGGUUGUUUUCAGGAUCUGGCUUCUUUCAAUACGAUUCUCGAUGUCUUGUGUAAAUCUAAACGCGUUGAGAAAGCUUAUGAGCUGUUUAGGGCUCUUAGGGGAAGAUUUGGUGCUGAUACAGUUACUUACAAUGUGAUUGUCAAUGGUUGGUGUUUGAUUAAACGUACGCCUAAGGCUUUGGAGGUUUUGAAAGAGAUGGUUGAGAGAGGGAUUGACCCUAAUUUGACUACUUAUAACACAAUGCUCAAAGGGUUCUUCCGAGCUGGGCAGAUUAGACAUGCUUGGGAGUUCUUCUUGGAGAUGAAGAAACGGAAUUGUGAAAUCGAUGUUGUUACUUACACUACUGUGGUUCACGGGUUUGGUGUUGCAGGGGAGAUAAAGCGGGCUAGGAAUGUUUUCGAUGAGAUGAUUAGAGAAGGUGUGCUUCCUUCUGUUGCGACUUACAAUGCUAUGAUUCAAGUUUUGUGUAAGAAAGAUUGCGUAGAAAAUGCGGUUGUCAUGUUUGAGGACAUGGUGAGGAAAGGUUAUGAACCGAAUGUGACGACUUAUAAUGUGUUGAUAAGAGGCUUGUUUCACGCUGGAAAGUUCAGUCGUGGAGAGGAGUUGAUGCAGAGAAUGGAGAAUGAAGGCUGCAAACCAAACUUCCAGACAUACAAUAUGAUGAUACGCUAUUAUUCAGAAUGCAGCGAGAUUGACAAAGCCUUGUGUUUGUUUGGGAAGAUGGGGAGUGGAGAUUGCUUGCCAAACCUGGAUACUUAUAACAUACUGAUAAGUGGAAUGUUUGUGAGAAAAAGAUCAGAAGAUAUGGUGGUCGCUGGUAAACUGUUACUUGAGAUGGUUGAGAGAGGGUUUAUACCCCGGAAAUUCACAUUUAAUCGAGUUCUGAACGGGCUUCUUCUGACAGGGAAUCAAGCUUUCGCAAAGGAGAUCUUGAGAUUGCAGAGUAAAUCUGGUAGCCGGCUUCUCCGGAAGUUCAGGUUAUGAAUCUCCUUAUCUGCUUGUGAGAGGGGAAACUUCGUGCUAUGCUUUCAUCAAUCAGUACUAUACGCUGCAUUGCACUUAAUGCGGAUUAAACUAGGAAAGGCAUGCAUAGGUGUACAAUCUUAAAAGAGCUUCAUUGGAUAAAGCAAGAACAGUGCAGUUACAAUGCCAAACUACAAAAUGCUUUAUUAUCAUGGGCAAAAAUUCUGUGUGCCUUUUACAGUAGCUGUGACUGUGAGUAAAGAUAAUGAAAUUUAAUACAAAGUUGGAAAA